UGUGGGGAAAAAAUGCUUUGUUAUAAGAAAAAAGUUUCCUUUUCUUUAUACACAAUGAUAUCUAUUAUGUACAAUUAGCCACAUAACUUCCUUGUGUAUAAUAUAAUUGAAUCACGAUAAUCAUUUAUUUUAAACAAAUCUGGCAGUAUGCUGUUACAGGCAACGGGAUCUCGUUUAUUCUUUUCGUCGGAACGAGAUGCAAGAAGUACACCGUUGACCGACGCUCUGAAGGAUUAUUAACAGGAAAAGUUAUCAGCCAUGUAAAAGAUACAAUAAGUGACUCCCAGAUAAACAACGUUCGUGUGGAAACUAAGAUUUAUAUCUAUGGAUGUACAUGCCAAUCCAGGUUUGAAUCCUUCCAUGAUAAUAAAGGAAAUUUAAGUCACAUUGAUAAGUCGACAAUAGGAUGGUAUAGAUAUAGACACAACACAUCUCACAGAAUGUCCAUGAAAGAAAAGUCAAUUCAUCAGACCUUGUUGAAGAAUAUACCACCAGACAAACAAGAAAACUUCAUCUUCAUUCUAUGUACCUCACAAAAAUCUGAAAAUGUCUCAACUUCAAACUUUGAUUUUACAGUAUUCAAAUAUAACAUCAGAGAUAAGAAAUAUGCUGCUGUACCAGUGACUGUGAUAAACCUUGGUGAUACUACACAUACAGAUUAUAAAUGUGCUAAAUCUUGUACGAUAGACUAUGAUUCUGGAGCACUUGGUGAUUUGUUGUCAACAUUUGAACGUGAAUUGAUUGGCACUGGAGAGAGGACCUCUGAGGCAGCUGGUGUACAGAAAAUGGCUGAAAGUAUACAAACACAACUACAGUGUCUUACAUAUGGAGUGAUGGAGUCUGAUCAAGAGGCACUGGAAUUACAGUCCGAGCUGGAAAAGAUGGAGAUAAAGCUUCAUCAAAAGAUGGAGAAAAAACGUGCAAUGAAACCUCUGCCCCCUAGUCCUACUUCACCUGAACUGCCAUCUACAAGUCGAUUGCUGAAUGAAGAUGCUGCUGCCAAAACCAAACGUGAGCAAAAGAGAAAAGACCAGAUGAAGUUAUAUCCUAACUUAAGUGAUUUAAAAGUUUCUAGUGGUGGAUCACGACAGAGGCGUAUGAGUGAUGAUAAUUACUCAAUAGACGUAGAUAAUGGAAAAUCAUCUAAUUUACAUACUCAAAUAGAACAAAAGUGCCAUAUAUUAGACUCUCCUAUUGAAGUUACUGAAGAAACUCUUUCUAAUUGUUCUACAGAAUUUAAUCUAUCAGGUGAAAAUCUAGCAGAACCAGUUUCUAAUCAUGUCGAUGAUAAACAUAUUGAUAUCCCAUUUGCUGAUAGUGAAGGAUUUGAUCAUGGUCAUUCAACCAAAGAUGAAACAAGUGCUAAAAAUAAAAGUGAUGCAAAAGAUGCUAAAAAUAGAAAUUCUGAUCCUUUUUCAUUUGUGGAAGGUAUGCUUGCUAAUUCUAAAAGUGGUGUUUUACAAAAGAAAAUAAAUCAAGACAAGACUGAAACAAAAAAUACGAAACCUGCGUCCGGUGAGUCGGGGAGAAUGACGAGGUCGAGGAAUAGUCAAGCAUACGGAAAUAACUCUGCAGUGAAUCAGUCAGAGAAACAAUCCGGUGGUAAACAAAACCAAAACAAGCAAGGUCAACAAAGGUCAAGGUCAAGAGAGAAGCAGACAACCAACUUGUCCAAUAAAAGAAAAAAUGACCUUAAUCGUAACAAUGACCUUAGUGGAAAUGGAAGUGAUGAAGAUAUUUUUGACACAAAAGAUGAAAAUGGAGAAAACCAUGUCAUAGAUGUUUCAUCUUCUCCUGUUUUUUAAUCAAAUAGGAAAUUUUUAAUGUUGUCAAAUCUUGUUCAGGACAAAUCAGACAUUUUUAAUAUUGCAAUACUACAGACCAGCUGUAUGUCAUAUAAUUAUUUAUAGUGUAAGAAUUGUGUAUCACUAUGAAACAUCCUGUGGAUUCAUUCAUUUUUACAGAUACCAAUUUUGGUUGAUUGAAGGGGGAAACAAAUUCUUGAAUAUUUGUUUUUUGUCACAGUGCAUAAAUGCAUAAAGAAAAGUGGUACUUGUUGAAAAGUUAAAUUCAUUGUUUACCUUGACCUUGAAAAUUCACAAAAAUUGGCAUCUCACAAAUAAUAAUGAAUCCACAGUUUACAUGGUUUAUUGGGAAAAAAGAAUGCAUACCUGUAUCAGUUUGUAAUACUAAAAUUUAAAGAUAUAUUAAUUUGCUGUGCCUCAAAAAACAACCCUGACAAAAUUACAUAAACUAUUAAUAACAUGAACCAUGUAUCAAUAACAGAAGUGUACAUUUACCACUUAAAGUUUGACAUAUGGACCAUAAUUUGCUAUUGGGCUCCGUUUCCUAUAACUAUAGAAAAGUGAUAAAAUGUGAAUUACUGUAAGAAAAGUUGCAACUACAUCUAAAGAUGC